GCCCGGUACUCACAGAACACAAUAGAGAGAGGAAAGAGUAUGACCCUUUCUAGCUCCAGUUUCCAGUUUCCAGUUUCCAGUUUCCAGUUUCCACCCUUUCAAUUGCAGUGAAAUGAAACAGAGCAAAGGAGCUGUAACGUGUAACAACUAACUACCACCACCCAGGGGGAACGGAACGGCAACGGGCCCUUCGUUGCUAUCCUGCCUCUUUUUAGUUAAUUACCCAUUCCCCUCUUUGUCAUCGUCUCUAUCUCUUCCUCCUUUUUCUGUAUUUUUUGUUGUUCCAGAGAGAGAGAAAGGGAGAAGCCAAUGGGUGAGGAUGCAGAGAUCGACCACCUACCUGUUGACCUUCUUGCUCAUAUCUUCCUUCUGCUCUCUUCCUUCACUGAUUUGGCCCAGGCGAGCAGCGUCUGUAAGAAAUGGAGAAAAGGGGUGAAGCAAUCUCUGGCUCGCAAAGAACGUCUGAGCUUUGCUGGUUGGAAGAUGGAUGAUGACUCCACUGCCCGACUCGUUGCUCAUGCCUACAACCUCAAGGACCUGGACAUUUCAAGGAGCUGUUGGGGCUGCCAAAUAACAGAUGAUGGUUUGUACAGAAUAUCUUUGGCAAAGUGUAUCAGCAACCUGACAUCAAUAUCCCUGUGGGGUAUAACAGGAAUCACAGACAAAGGUGUAAUUCAGUUGGUUUCAAAAGCUACUUCCUUGCAACACCUGAAUGUGGGUGGUACAUUUAUUACCGAUGAAUCACUCUUUGCACUUGCAAAUAGCUCUCUGCGUUUGAAGACAAUUGUCCUGUGGAGUUGUCGCCAUGUUACUGAGAGUGGACUCUUCUACCUUGUCAAUAAAUGCUGCAAACUGGAGUCAAUCAAUGUUUUUGGGAUGAGAGUUCCGGUCGAUUGCUUCAUUGCUUUGCUUACAAUAAGUCCUGCUCUUCAGAUAAAGCCUGGAGGAGCACAUCUGAAUGUUGAAACGGUUUCUCUUUGGCCCAUCCAUUGAGGUUCCUUUCUUAGUUGCUUUUGAAGCACUUUGUUCAUGACUUGUUCCCUUUUUUUUUUUUUUGGGUAAGCUCUUUAUCAGACUCAUUGUCUUAGGAAAUAAUGUAAAGUUGUAAACAGUUUAUUGUCAGACAAAUAGCAACCUGUAAAUAGCUUAGCAUGGCUUUUUUGGCAAAUUCUUUGCAACAUGAAUCCUGUAAUGCUUUCUGUAACAAUUGUUGUACUUGGAAAAAUGUUGGGACCAUGAUUAUUAUUUAUUAUAAAAAGGAUGUGGUUUCCUCA